GAUAACGCCAUUUAUGUAAACAAAUAGCAACAAUCUGACAUUAAUGUUACAACGUUAAUUCGGAAUGUUAUAAGCAAAGCUUAAACAAUGGCAACAAAUGAGGAUCUAGAAGAGGAACUGUAUUGUCCAAUUUGUGCUGAUGUAUUUGAUGACCCAUUGAUGUUACCAUGUACACAUUCAUUCUGCCGAAAAUGUCUACAUGAGCGUAUUAAAAAAGGUAACAUCACACGGAAGUUGGCUUCAGUAAUGUUUGACUGCCCUGUAUGCCGGAAAGUAGUAAAACUUGACGAAAACGGUAUUGACACAUUGCCAAGAAAUCGCUUAUUGAAGAAAAUGGUUGACAUGUUUAGCACUCAAACAUUAUCAAGCCAACAACUGCUGCGCAGAUCUCAAAACUUUACAGAAAUGUGCGAGUCACAUGAAAAGGAACUUGGUGCAUUUUGUAGUGUGUGCUGGGAAGCUGUUUGUAUUGAUUGUAUAACUGGUGAUCACAGGGGACAUGCCAUCGAAUCUGUGGAUGAUAUGUUCCACAAACAACAAAGGUCUCUGGAGAAGAAGAAAGAAGAACUUGAAGAAGAAAGAAAAAUGAUACGCAAUUCAAGAGGGGAGGAAUUUAUGUUCAUGGAACAACUAAAGGAAGUUUGUAAACAAAAAAGUGAAGCAUUUGAGAUGCAGUUUGACGAGUAUAUUGGACAACUACAGCAAUGUAAAGACUCUAUUAUCGGUGAGUUGUCAUCGCGGCUAAGAAAGGAGAUGGCCAAGCUUCAAAACACCAUAGAUGAUAUAGAUAGACAGGAGAAUGAUCUUGAUAAAGCAAUAAAAGAAAUAACAGAUAUUAUGAAAUGUGACAAGCUUAAAGUAUUAAAGGUAGUAUACAUUGCCAGUUUUUUAUUGUCAUUUUGAGAUGCUAGAUUCUUU